AUGAACCUCACCGGCUACCUCAUGGUCUACCUCGUCGUCGCCGGCCGGACGACGCGCCCGCCGCUCUGGCUCAUGUGCGCCUACGUCUGCGCUGGAGCCAACUCGCAGUCCUUCGCCGGCACCGGCGCGCUCAUCACCUGCGUCAAGAGCUUUCCAGGGAGCGGCCGCGGGGUCGUGCUGGGCCUGCUCAAGGGCUACGUCGGCCUCAGCGGCGCCAUCCUCACGCAGCUCUACCUCGCCAUCUACGGCGGGGACGACUCCAAGUCCAUCCUUAUGCUCAUCGCAUGGCUCCCCGCAUCCGUCUCCGUCGUCUUCCUCCCCGUCGUUCGCGUCAAGCCGCCGCCGCCUAGACGAAACGAGGAUGGCGCUUUCUUCUGCUUCCUCUACAUUUCCGUCGCCCUCGCCUCCUACAUACUCGUGAUGAUCAUCGUCCAGAAGCAGAGCGGCUUCUCGCACGCUGCCUACGCCGCGUCGGCCACCGCGCUGCUCAUUCUCCUCACCCUUCCCCUGCUCUCUGUCGUCGUCCGGCAGGAGUACUAUUGGUACUACUGGCUCGAGAAAAGAGAGCUCCAGCAAGAGCCUCCGCCGGAGCCCCGGACAUCGACAUGGGUGACCGUGGAGAAGCUAACCGCUGAAGUCGUGCAAGUGGCAGAGCAUCCGCCGCCGUCGUCUUCUUCUUGCCUCGGCUCUGGCUUGAAGCACAUGUUCAACCCGCCGGCGCACGGGGAGGACUACUCCAUCCCUCAGGCGCUGGUGAGCGUGGACAUGCUGGUGCUGUUCCUGGCCACCAUCUGCGGCGUGGGCGGGACGCUGACGGCGAUCGACAACAUAGGGCAGAUCGGGCAGUCGCUGGGGUACCCGGCGCAGAGCGUCAACACCUUGGUCUCCCUCGUCAGCGUCUGGAACUACGCCGGGCGGGUGACGGCCGGGUUCGCGUCCGAGGCCCUGCUGGCGCGGCACGGCGUCCCGCGGCCGCUGGCGCUCACGCUGGUGCUCCUCCUCUCCUGCGCCGGCCACCUACUCAUCGCGCUCGCCGUGCCGCGGUCGCUCUACGCCGCCUCCAUCAUCGUGGGCUUCUGCUUCGGCGCGCAGUGGCCGCUCAUCUACGCCAUCAUCUCCGAGGUGUUCGGGCUGAGGUACUACGCCACGCUCUACAACCUGGGCGCCGCGGCCAGCCCCGUGGGCGCCUACGUGCUCAACGUGUGCGUCGCCGGGCGGCUCUACGACGCGGAGGCGGCGAGGCAGCGCGGGAACGGCGAGAGCAGGACGUGCAUGGGCGUGCGUUGCUUCAGAGAGUCGUUCCUCAUCGUAACGGCCGUCACCGUGGGCAGCGCGCUCGUGUCGCUGCUGCUGGUGUGGAGGACCUGGAGCUUCUACAAGGGAGACAUCUACGCCAAGUUCAGGGAUGCCGUGGCCGUCCAGGAGUCAUCCCACGGUGCUUGCGCGGUUCAGCAGCGGUAA